AUGGCGCCAAUGCUGGAGGACCACACGCCCUCCCACGGCAGUAUCACCUCCAAGUCUGUCGAAACACCCGUCCUCUACAACAAUGUGGACGAGGAACAACUCAAGGCGACCGCCGGGGCAUGUCUUGCCAACUAUGGCACCGAGUUCGAGAAGGAUAUUAUUACAGGAAGUAAAGGGCUCUAUGUUUUCACUGCCAACGGCCACAAAGUGCUCGACUGGACAUCCGGUCAAAUGUCGUGUCUGAUAGGACAUGGACACCCAGAGAUUGUCUCCACCAUCACCAACCAUGCUGCCCAGUUGGAUCAUCUUUUCUCUGGCAUGCUCUCGCCACCGGUCAUCAGCCUCGCACAGCGCCUGACAUCUGUCCUGCCGGCGGGACUCGACAAAGCAUUCUUCCUCUCAACAGGAGGAGAGUCGAACGAGGCGGCCAUCAAAAUGGCCAAGGUUUACACGGGCAAAUUCGAGAUCGUGGGCCUAGGCGCAAGCUGGCACGGUGUCACCGCUCAGGCCUUAGGCACCCAGUACCACUUUGGUCGCAAAGGCCAAGGCCCUAUGAUGCCAGGAAUGCACAUGCUUCCACCGCCGAAUAGCUAUCGCUCAAUCUUCCGUAAGCCAGACGGCUCUUACGAUUGGGAGACUGAGCUCGACUAUGGCUGGGACCUUAUUGAUAGAGCCUCAUGUGGCUCUUUGGCUGCCUGUAUUGUCGAAUGCAUCCAGUCGUCCGCUGGUAUGCACGUCCUCCCGCCUGGAUACCUUAAGGCAUUGAAGAAACACUGUGAAAAGCGUGGCAUGCUGCUCAUCGUGGAUGAAGCUCAAACAGGUGUUGGGCGCUGUGGUGACUUGUUCGCCAUCAACCACGAGGGAGUGACCCCCGACAUUCUGACUCUCAGCAAGACGCUAGGCAACGGUCUCCCCCUCAGCGCAGUCGUCAUGAGUUCGGAGAUCGAACGUGUGUGCACAGAGCGUGAUUUUUGCUUCUACACCACGCACGUCAACGACCCUCUGCCAGCUUCUGUGGGCGACAAAGUCCUGGAAAUCGUGCUCAGAGACAAUCUGGUGGAGAACUCGCGAAGUAUGGGUCUAUAUCUGCAGGCUGGUCUUCAAAAGCUCAAGAGCCGCUAUGGAUGUAUAGGCGACGUGAGAGGUCGUGGUCUGAUGGCUGGAGUGGAGAUUGUGGGUGAUCGCGAGACCAAGGCUCCGGCGAACGAACUUGCUCGGAAAAUCGCCAACAAGAUGUAUGAGUUGGGCUUGUGGGCGAAUCUCAGCAGUCACUCAAGCUUCUCAGGUGUCUUCAGGAUUGCACCGCCUAUUGUGAUUACCAAAGAUCAGCUAGAUCAGGGCUUGGACAUCAUGGAGCGGGCUUUGUCCGAGACAGAGGGGACCAUGCCGCUCUAUUGA